AAUUUAAAUAUACCGUCUAUAUUUACCCAAAAAUACGUAAAAUGCCACAUCAGCUGCUGCCAACCUGGCAGCCCUCCAACUGGGACUAAGCUGCACGCGUGGGGCCGUCUAGUAGCGAAUAUAAGAGAGAGGGGGCAGCACACAAUUCUCCCCUCCCAAUCAUCUCUCUCUCUCUCUCUCCCAGGCGUGGAUUCUGCUCUCAUUGCUCUCUCUCUCUAAAUCAUCAAGCAUGCAUCAAUGACUGUGUCCGCUUGAUUUGUUUCCUUCUCAGUCGCGCCCAGAGAAGAAAAAGAACAAUGGAGAGAGAGAGAAAGAGGAAGCUAAGGAAAUGAGCCUGUUGCAGAGCUGUCUGCAGUUCCCCCGAUUCUCUCUGAGCUCUUUCACAUGAUGCUGUUUGCUUCCAUUAAUCCCCUUUAACAGCUUUUGACGCUCACCCGGCGGACAAUAAAGAAAACCCAUCAUCAUUCAAAACCCCUUGUGUACUACUUCCAAGUCCCUUCUCAUAUUCGUUCUCUCUUCUUCCCCUAUAAAGACAUGGACAGGCACUGGCAUCAAUCCCUACGAGAAGAUCGCCUUCGCAAGCCAACCACCGAUCACCAUACCCACAGCCCGUCCUUCUCGUCCACCCUUCUCGACACCAUUUACCGCUCCAUCGACGCCGACGAAGGUCACCGACAGGAGCAACUCCUCCUCUACAGAUCAGACACCAUGAGGAAGAAGAACUACUCAUGCCAUGGCGGCCAGAGUGCUGUCACCGCUCUGGAGGCAGAAGAAGAAAUGGCGAGGCUUCGCCGAGCCAUCAUGAUCGAGAAAUGGAUGGAGAAGAAGGUCGGCGACAAGGUCGUCGUCUGCCGGCAGACGGCGACGGCGGCGGACUUCGAGGCGAAACCGCGCCGUGACCGCGAGCGUCAUGCACACCCGUUGGCUCACUCCUCGUCGAGCUCUUCGGAAUCUAGCUGCGGCGGAGGAUUUUCGUCUUCGGAGGCGGAAUCGGUUCACGGAGUCGGUUCCAGAUCUUCGGGCUUCUUCGAUGUAAAGAAGCUGAAGCCUGUGCGUACCGGCGGGUCCUCUCGGUCUGAAAAGGCUCGGACAGAGUCUCAAGUGUUCGACAGCUUGCCUAAGCCGAAGCGCGAGGGCGGUUUCGUGAAGACGAAAUCGAAGGCUCUGAAGAUUUACGGAGAUCUCAAGAAGGCGAAGCAGCCGAUUUCGCCCGGCGGUAAGCUCGCGAGCUUUCUUAAUUCUCUUUUCACAGCUGGAAAUGCGAAGAAGGCUAAGAUCUCGUCGUCGUCGCUUCGGAACUGCGACGACGCGAGUUGGGAGAGGAAUUCGAAGUCUGCUUAUGGCUCAACCUCCACGUGUUCGUCGGCUUCGUCGUUUUCGAGGUCUUGCUUGAGCAAAACGCCGUCGUCGAGGGGGAAAUUGAGCAAUGGUGCGGCGGCGGAGAAGCGUUCGGUUAGGUUUUAUCCCGUCAGCGUGAUUGUCGACGAAGAUUCUCGGCCGUGCGGGCACAAGAACUUGUACGGUGAUGAGGAAUCUGGUUUCGUGGCCCUAACUGCGACUGUUAGAAAUUCCGCCAUUAACGACGAGGUCAGGUAUCGCACCAUGGAGAACAAUCGCCGGGCGGAGGAAGCGGCGAGGGUUUUUUUGAAGAAUUAUCAGAAGAAAGGCGACCUCGAGAUGCGAGAUCUGGACCUCCAUCAACAUCAAGAAUCCGAAAACGACGGCGACGACGACGAGGACGACGACGCUGCGAGUUGCUCGAGCUCUGAUCUUUUCGAGCUCGAUCACCUUUCUGUUGUAGGUAUCGAUAGGUAUCACGAGGAAUUGCCGGUGUACGAAACUACUCGUCUGGAUACGAAUCGCGCCAUUGCCAGUGGCUUGAUUCUGUAAUUCCCAAAAAAAAAAAAAAAGAGAAAAAGAAAAAGCUAUUGUCAUUUUGAAUUAAUGGUUAUGGGGGAUUACACGAGAGAAUAAAUUAAAUUAAAAUCAAAUUCCUCUUUUCAA